CGUGACGUAGCGCCUGCCCCUCCGCUGGGUGUCUGUGUCUCCUGACCACUGCGCGCAGAACUGCUUUGUUUCCAGAUUCUGGUUCUGAGCUGCGGUUCUCAGCGAGAUUUCGCACUGCUCGUCCUAUGUUCCUGCACUGGUAAUGAGCAAGGGAUCAAGCAGCAGGACGAAGAAAGAAAUCGAAUAAGAGACGCUCGGCUCCCGGCCGAGCUCCGGGUAGCUCUUCGGCUCCCGGGUCGCCCUCCGGACCGCCCUCCUGCUCCCGGACGCUUUGCUGCUCCCGACCGCUCUUCUGACCGCCUUCCUGCUCCCGGCCGCUUUGCUUCGACCGACUUUUCUGCUUCGCUGUAGGGCAGAGAGACUGAAUUUAUAAUCGUCCGUGGAUUGUAAGUACCCAAACCUACGAGGGCUUACCGCACCCCUUUUUAAAAAACUCUUUUCGAGAGAGUUUACGGAUUGGGCUUGUUCGCUGGGUGUCGGCUUUUUCUGCUGAAAAUCUGCGGGAGCCGCCAUUUGCUUUCCUGGUGGCUCAUUCGUUCGGCCUGCGUUGUCCGGCAGCGGCAUCUAGAGGCUGGAAGUUGGCAUUGCAGCGAAUAGGCUGAUGAACUUUGUGAAUAAGCCAGUGUGUUAAUAAGGACUGCUGCUGUUUCUUUAUAGCAUAUAUACGGGAAAAACUUGGUGCCUGAUAAAAAAUUAAGACAAGAUAAGUGUUUAGCUGGCUUGUGUUCUGCUUAGAAUUCUUUAUUAGAGAUUUGAAUUUAUAUCACACUGGACUUUUUAGCUGUUGUAGCUGGAACUUUUUAGUGUAACAAGUGCUUAUUGGAGAAGUGAAUCAGCAACAAGUAAAGAUGAGUAAAAGCAAAGAUGAUGCUCCUCAUGAACUAGAGAGCCAGUUUAUCUUACGUUUACCCCCAGAAUAUGCUUCUACUGUGAGAAGGGCAGUACAGUCUGGCCAUGUCAACCUGAAGGACAGGCUGACAAUUGAGUUACACCCUGAUGGGCGUCAUGGAAUUGUCAGAGUGGACAGGGUCCCAUUGGCUGCAAAACUGGUAGAUUUGCCUUGUGUCAUGGAAAGCUUGAAAACCAUUGACAAAAAGACCUUUUACAAGACAGCUGAUAUCUGUCAGAUGCUUGUAUCCACAGUGGAUGGUGAUCUCUAUCCUCCUGUGGAGGAACCAGUUGCCACUACUGAUCCGAAAGCAAGCAAGAAAAAAGAUAAAGACAAAGAGAAAAAGUUUGUUUGGAACCAUGGAAUUACUCUGCCUCUAAAAAAUGUGAGAAAGAGAAGGUUCCGGAAGACAGCAAAGAAGAAGUAUAUUGAGUCCCCAGAUGUGGAAAAAGAAGUUAAGCGAUUGCUCAGUACAGAUGCUGAAGCUGUCAGUACUCGUUGGGAAAUAAUUGCUGAAGAUGAAACAAAAGAGGCAGAAAAUCAAGGCCUUGAUAUCUCGUCUCCAGGUAUGUCUGGCCACAGGCAGGGCCAUGACUCGUUAGAACAUGAUGAGCUUCGAGAGAUAUUCAAUGAUCUCAGCAGCAGCAGUGAAGAUGAAGAUGAGACACAGCAUCAAGAUGAAGAAGAUAUAAACAUUAUUGAUACUGAGGAAGAUUUGGAGAGACAGCUACAGGACAAGCUGAAUGAAUCAGAUGAACAGCACCAAGAAAAUGAAGGAACCAACCAACUGGUUAUGGGAAUUCAGAAACAGAUUGAUAACAUGAAAGGCAAGCUCCAGGAGACCCAGGACCGGGCAAAGCGACAGGAGGAUCUCAUCAUGAAAGUGGAAAACCUGGCUCUCAAGAACAGAUUUCAAGCUGUGCUGGAUGAACUCAAACAAAAGGAAGACCGAGAAAAGGAGCAACUCAGCUCCUUACAAGAAGAGCUAGAUUCACUUCUCGAGAAGUAAGGACAUUGACACUUUCAGUUGGCAGGCUUGUCAGCAUUACAAAAGUCUUGGUUAUAUCCCUUGGACUGGAUAUUAAGACCUACUAUUUUCCUUUUCCCUCUAAUGCUAGAAGUUGAAUUAUUUCAGUUUUUCUGAACCAUUUUGCAAUGUUUCCUCUAUGUUCAUUCUUUAGGAAGUAGGAUUGUAUUGGCAGAAAGAUUGUUAUAGGAAAGUUGUAACGUGAGAUGAACAGUUUAGUCUUGCAACUUCACUGCAGGACUUUGCUAUUUUUGUUUUCCAGAGGCUGCUGUUGGUGCCCUGUUUUACUAUCUGACAAUAAGAAUACAUUAGUUUGGACUUAGUUAAGCUAGUUUUUUUGUUUGUUUUUUUUUCUCAUACAAUAGUUAUUUUCUUAGCUACUCAAAGUAAUUUUCUAUAUGUAGACAUGCAAGUUAUUUCUAACAA